CAUACGAGAAAAUAACCUAAAAACAGUUAGAGUUUGUAUUUAUUUUUCCGGAUAGUUUUUCUAAGAGAUUUUACGACAAAAAAAGCAAUCCAUUGUGUCCAUGGCAUUUACGUUGAAUGACCAGGUUUAUACAAAAUCAUUUACUCCGCGAGAAUAUCAGGUGGAACUUUUGUAUGCGGCCAAAGAAAGGAAUAUCAUUGUUUGUUUGGGAAAAAAUUUUGAUCAGACUUUCAUUGUUAUUAAAUUGAUUCAGGAAUUUGUUAUAAAUAACAGAAGGCCAAUAGCCAAUGGUGGUAAACAGAUAAUAUAUAUCUUAAGAGAAGUAGAAGCAUGCAAAGUAAAGGCAAGCUAUAUUGCACAACUGACAGACCUAAAAGUGUCAUUGAACAUUUCAAAUGAAUCAGAGAUUCAGCAGGAACUUAACGAUGUCCAUGUUUUAGUAACGACAUCUGAAAUAUGUGCAAAUUUUCUAUCCAAAGGAAGAAUUUCACCAAGUCAAGUAAACUUAGUCAUAGUUGAUCAAUGUCACAUAUCAACAUUUGAUGACAAGUUGAAAUUUAUUUUUCAAACUUUUCAGUCCUCUCAUAACAUUCCUAGACUUAUAGGUCUUGCUGUACCGCUAUUCAAUCUAACACAAGAUCCUGGCCGAUUAGGAUCAGAAGUCGAAAGAAUUGAAACCAUUUUCAAUUGUGAAGUGGAAACCGGUAGUGAUAUUCUGUCUAUUUUAAGAUAUAGUCCAAAGCCAAAGGAGUACAUAGUAGAAUAUAUCGAAACAGAGCAAGGAAGCUUGUAUUUCACGCUGACCAGUUGUGUGGAACAUGCCAUGGAGUUUUUGAAAGAUCACCGUUAUGACCCAACAGAGAUUUACAACGAUGAAUUUCUUGAGGAUAUACAAAAAAUUCCUGACCCCAGGGAGAAGCCCUGUGAAAUGAUGGAAGACUUUUUGUACAUAUUAAAAACCCUUGGUCCUUGGUGCGCUGAUCGAGCUGCAUUAGCAUUAUUAAUCUUAACAGAGAAGCUUAAGGUUAAAACUCCGUAUGAAAGGCACUACUUAUUGUUUAACCUUGUAUCAUCAGUGUUUAUAAAGAUACGAGCUCUUUGUGAUCGUGCCUUCGAAGAUUUCAAUGAAAAGGACAGAAUAUAUCAAUUUUCUACACCCAAAGUUCAUCGUUUAUUACAAGUUCUGAAAACGUACACACCAUAUUAUGCAAAGGAUUCAAAGAAUAUAGAAAAUAAGAUGAAUAAUGAAUAUAAUAUAAAACACAGCGCCGUUAAUUCUGGAAAGGAAGCAAAUUCUUUAAAAGAACAUAUUCCAAACAGAAAGUUGGGGGUUCAUUGGAAGACUCAUGAGGACGGCUUUAAAAAAUCGCCGAAAUCAUUGCGCCACCUUCGCGGAGUAACAGAUCCUGAUUUGCUGUGUGGAGUCAUUUUUGUUGACAAAGCUUUCACAGCAAAAAUUUUGUUUUAUUUGUUAAACGAAGUGUGUAAAUAUGACAAAGAUUUACAUUUCCUGUCACCACUGUAUACCAUUGAGAAAAGCUCGGAGGACAUUUGUUAUUCUCAAGAUUUGGAGAUGGAACAUAGGAAACAAGAGGAAGUAUUAAAACGAUUCAGAAUCCAUGAGUGCAAUUUAUUGAUUGCGACAUCAAUUCUAGAAGAAGGUAUUGACAUUCCAAAGUGCAACUUUGUGAUGAGGUACGACUUUCCAAAAAAUUAUCAGUCGUAUGUGCAGUGCAAAAGUAGAGCUAGAGCUGUAGAUGCUUUACAUGUACUUUUAGUCCCCCAUGAAGUAUCAAAGAGCUCUAUUUGGCAAUUGGCACAAUAUCAUUACAUCGAGCAGGUUUUGUUGAGGAAAAGUACGAAUAAAGAGCCCUCGGAAGAGGAAGAAAUUGAAGCUGAUAAGUAUGCUAACAUGAUACCUCAUUACAAACCCCUUGAAUCAGAGGAUGCACCCAGCGUUUCUUUUAACUCGGCUAUCUCAUUAGUAAAUAGGUAUUGCGCCAAACUGCCCAGUGAUACAUUCACAAGAUUGACUCCAGAAUGGUCAAUUGAGCCAACCACUGUAGAGGGUACAAAAAUGUUUGUUUGUUCCUUACGUCUUCCCAUAAAUUCUCCUGUAAAGUAUGUCAUUUCUUCAUAUCCAAUGCCAAAUAGAGCAAUGGCACGACGUUUGGCUGCCUUGCAAUUAUGUAUCGAACUGCACAAUGAGAAUGAGAUCGAUGACAAUCUUUUACCUAUUGGGAAAGAAAAUUUCAAAGCCAAGCCCGAAGACGCAGAAGUGCCAGCCUUGCCAGAUGAAAGUAAGGCGGAUUUGUCCGAAGCUCGUCCUGGGACCACUAAGCGCAGACAAUAUUAUUAUAAAAAGACCGCCGAGGCUUUGACAGACUGUAGACCUACAGUUGGAGUUCCAUCAUAUUUGUAUCAUAUCAGUAUGGUAUUAAGUUGUCCGUUACCAGAGGAACAGAACACCAGAGGACGUAGAAUAUAUCCUCCGGAAGAAUCCGCUAUCGGAUUUGGUAUUUUGACGUUGAAGAAAAUACCUAAGAUUUGUCCGUUUCCCAUCUAUACAAGAUCUGGUGAAGUGCACGUGCAGCUAAAACUUAGCAAGCAAACUGUCAUUUUAGAUGCUGUACAGAUUGAAAGAGUCGCAGCCUUUCUUAAUUAUACAUUUACAAACGUUUUAAGGCUACAGAAAUAUCUGAUGCUCUUCGAUCCAAAUGCUUCAGAAAAUUCGUAUAUUAUCGUUCCUGUAAAGGCAGGUACAAUGGGAGACGCAUCUAACAUAACGGUGGACUGGCAUUUUUUAGAAAUAAUUUAUGAAAAUCGAAAUGCCGUACCUCAUGAAGUUCUUGAAGAGGACAGAAAGACCUUUAAAUUCGAUGCUUCAAAGUACCAUGACGCAGUUAUCAUGCCUUGGUACAGAAACCAAGAUCAACCCCAGUAUUUUUACGUAGCCGAAAUAUGUGCUAACCUGAAUCCUAAAUCUUCGUUUCCUGGAGCGGAUUAUAGCACAUUUGAAGAAUACUAUUUAAAAAAGUACAAUAUACAAAUACAAAAUCUAACUCAACCAUUACUGGACGUAGAUCAUACGUCUGCUCGGUUGAAUUUUCUUACUCCUAGAUAUGUAAACCGUAAGGGAGUUGCUUUACCUACUAGCAGUGAAGAGACGAAACGAGCAAAACGCGAAAAUCUAGAGCAAAAGCAAAUUUUAGUAGCCGAGUUGUGUGCAAUUCAUCCUUUCCCAGCCUCUUUAUGGAGGCAAGCCGUAUGCUUGCCGUGCAUUCUUUACAGAGUCAAUGCUUUGCUUCUUGCUGAUCAAAUACGUUGUCAGGUUGCAAAUGCGAUACACUUGGGACAAGAGGAAUUAAGUUCCGAUUUCGAGUGGUCGCCUUUGGAUUUUGGUUGGAGCUUGGCAGAGGUUCUGAAAAAGUCCAAAGAAGCCGAAAAAGCAAACGAGGCCAAGAAGGAAGCUUCCAAAAUAAACGCCGACUUACAAGCACUGCCAACAAACGGUACCGCUGCGGAACUCGGUAAAAAUGAUCAAAAUAACACAGCUAGUGAAUUAAAGAACGGCGAUCUAUGGACGAAUGUGGACCCGGGUCAUUUGAUCGCUGCUAAGAAGAUAACAGAAUCGGAUGUGAAUAAAAAUGAAGCCAAACAACCGUUUCGAGAAAACCAAGAAGAUAAUUGUAACGCCGAACCUGACAGUGAUGUGUUAGAAAUUGGCACCUGGUCGAACGACAUGGCAGCUUCCAUGAAUUUUGAUACGUCCGAUUCUACGGCCUUCCCUUUGAACGUUACGGUAUUGGAACAAAAUUUCAAAUGGAACGAUAUUCGUUAUGGGUCUCCUGCGUAUGAAUCCGACUACGACGCAUACGAGUCUGAUGAUACGUCCAGCGACGGAUUCAUGGAUUACUCGGACGAUAGCGAGGAGGAAAGCCGAGGCUUGAAAAUUGCCUAUAUGGGGGAAAACGUGGCUGAGGCCGUGGAGGACGAGAAGCAGAUCUGCAAGCGCGAAAUCAACAAAAAGAUUCUGGAUCUGUUAGAUCUCGAGAAAAACUCGAAAGAAACCGUUUGGCCUAAUGACAAUAACGUGGAGAACGAACUGUUAGAGAAGCAUAAAGAGGCACAUCAUAAAUUCGCUAAACAAGUGGAGGAGGAAAUCGUGAACAGCGGAUACUUCAUAUCGGCGGAUAGUGAAGUUACCAUCACUAGAAAAAAUACGGUCAACAAUAAAUGCGAAACUGCGCAGAAAAACUUCGUGCAAGAGGAGUACGUCGCUCGCGUUGCGGAGCAAUUUAAGAGGAAAGUCCUCAACAAAAAAGCACGACUCUUACCGACGAAAGGGAAACCGAACGCUGCGAGAAGCGGUACUUACGCCAGGGAAGAUAACUUCAGUUUUGAUUAUCAACCCGAAUUGGAUCAACACCCUGGACCCAGUCCGAGUCUGAUUUUGCAAGCUCUGACGAUGUCCAAUGCGAACGAUGGUAUCAAUCUGGAGCGACUGGAAACCAUCGGGGAUUCUUUCCUCAAAUAUGCUAUAACUACGUACCUGUAUUGCACUUAUGACAACAUACACGAAGGAAAAUUGAGUCACUUGAGGUCGAAACAGGUGAGCAACCUUAAUUUAUACCGAUUGGGUCGUCGGAAGAUGUUGGGAGAGAGCAUGAUUGCUACGAAAUUCGAACCCCAUGACAAUUGGUUACCCCCAUGCUAUUAUGUGCCAAGAGAAUUAGAGCAGGCUCUGAUAGAAAGUGGUGUACCGUCCACUCUAUGGAAUCAGGCUGACAUUCCAAGUUUGCAAGCCGUGAAUCCAACUGAAAUUAACCAAUUGGUCCGCGAAACCGAACACAAACUUGGGAUCAUGAGGAUAGAAUUGGACAAGAACGAAAGCCGAUUGCCGGUCGAGUUCGAUAACCUGAGGUGCUUCAUCCCUUACAAUCUAAUUACUCAACACAGCAUUCCAGAUAAGAGUAUAGCGGAUUGUGUCGAAGCUCUGAUAGGAGCAUACUUAAUCGCUUGCGGGCCCAGAGGUGCCCUUCUUUUUAUGGCUUGGUUGGGAAUUCACGUUUUGCCAACGGAAGAAGUCGUCAUUGUACAAGAAACCGAACCGAAGGAGAGACCUCCUGGUAGUACGCCCUAUAUAGAGGGGAUUAAUGAACACUGCCAGAAGACCUGGUCACAAAUCCAAUACGGGAAACUGGAGGAACCGGUAAAUCCUUUGCUACGAUACGUUCCCGAGCCAGAAGUCGAGCUGGCGAAAAUGUUGGACGGUUACGACAAAUUGGAGCAAAGUAUAGGAUAUAAAUUUCAAGACGCGAGUUAUCUUUUGCAAGCGUUCACGCAUGCGUCCUACCAGCCUAAUAGACUGACUGACUGUUACCAAAGGCUGGAAUUUCUUGGUGACGCGGUGUUAGAUUAUUUAAUUACGAGGCAUUUAUAUGAAGACUCUCGGCAACAUUCUCCGGGUGCUUUAACCGAUUUAAGAUCGGCCCUGGUGAACAAUACCAUAUUUGCCUCGCUUGCUGUAAGAUGUGGUUUUCAUAAAUACUUUCGACAUCUUUCGCCUGGACUGAGCGUGGUAAUUGAUCGUUUUGUCAGGAUUCAAGAAGAGAAUGGUCAUUGUAUUAGCGAAGAGUAUUAUUUAAUAGGAGAAGAAGAAUGCGAGGAAGCCGAGGACAUUGAGGUGCCAAAAGCACUCGGCGAUGUUUUCGAGUCGUUGGCUGGUGCAAUUUAUUUAGAUAGCAGAAUGUCCCUAGAUGCUGUAUGGGGAGUUUAUUAUCGAAUAAUGAAGUCUGAGAUAGAGCAAUUUAGUACCAAUGUUCCUAAGUCACCGAUUCGAGAACUUCUUGAAUUGGAACCCGAGACAGCCAAAUUUGGAAAGCCUGAAAAAUUGGCUGAUGGGCGAAGAGUGAGGGUCACGGUAGACGUUUUUGGUAAAGGGUCUUUCAAGGGCAUUGGAAGGAAUUACAGGAUUGCAAAGUGUACGGCUGCCAAGUGCGCCUUGAAGAAAUUGAAACGAAUACAGGGUUAUCAGAGAGAAAAGCUGUGACACGCACGUGAGGUUUAAAUAAAUGAAAAGCACAAUUACUUGAUUUAGACUGAUUAGUAGUUUCUUGUAACGUGGUACGCUCCAUGGUGUGAUAUUCCAGUUCAGACAGUACCGUUAAUAAAAAUCGUGGAAAGACACAGAUGCAAAAAGCUCAUUAACUAUAUCCAAGUGUCACGCGAAGCAGGGU